AUCUCUCUUCACUGUGGAUUUGCCGCACUCAUAUUUAAGCUUUGGAGUUUUCCGCCAACAGCACGGGGGUGGACCAGUGCGCAGGCCAAGAGGCGGGAGAACCAGACAUCGCCAGUUAACGUUUAAGGUGUCAGUACUAAGGAAUCCGACACUGACCCACUACCGAUCUCAUAGGGAUGCCACUCCUGCUACUCGGGUGGUCGUUCCUGUAAACCUCAAUGCCGCUGAAUUCAGGCAGGCACUACGGGACAAUAUUGCAGACAUACCUUUGCAGUUCGAUCUAUGCAAAGUGAAUGGACAGCGGCUCAUUCUUCCUCUUGAAGAGGAGACGCCCCAAGAAAUUAGAGCAAGAAACCUACUGGGUCGCUCCAAUCUUUAUAUCCGUCCAAAGAUUACAGAAGCCAAUGACGACUCAACUGGUGGAGAAGUGGUGCAGUCUGAAAUGGCAAUUGUGCUGCAUGACACAGAGACACCUGACCAUGGCAGGCACAAUGUACAGGAGCCAGAGGUUAUCAGUGGUCUGCAUGAAAACCAUACAGCUAAUUCUAGUAGGCCUGGUCUCCAGGAACCAGAGGUUAACAGGGAAGAGUUUUACAUCGACUCUGCAGAGUCAGAAGUAUCAGACCUGGAUGAGGCUGUCCUGGCUUCCCCUGAACAAAAUGAUUCACAUGAUGAGAUGGACCUUGCUACUGUCCUGAAAGACUUCCAGGAAACGCAUCUUGACACCAGCAAUUAUUGUACAGUAAUAGCCCGACGAAGGAAAAUCCUACAUAGUGCCUGCAUGGCACUUUCGAAGUCAUAUUUUGCCUGGCAUAAAUUACCAAACAUUGAAUUCGUUGGUGAAAUGGCCGAUGAUUAUGGAGGCCCAAGGCGGGAAUUUUUUCGCUUACUUAUGGUCGAAACUCAGAAUUCCCUAGGGAUUUUUGAGGGGAAGCCUGGCAGUCUGCUGUUCAGUUAUAGCCAGCAGUUGCUGUCAAGCAACAAGUUUUAUAUGGCUGGUAAACUGAUUGCUUGGUCGAUAGCACACAAUGGGCCAGGGCCACGGUGUAUCAAUAGACACCUGUUCUGUUUGAUGUGUGGCCAGAAGACAUCUCUUGAUGACUUUGAUGUCGAGGUCUUCAUGGACGAUGACAUUAAACAGAACAUAGAAAAGGUUUCCAACUGCAGCACCCCAGAAGACCUGGCAGACUUGAAAAGUCACCUUGGGGACUGGAUUGCAGGCUGUGGUAUCCCUGACAUCUACACUGCCACACUACUUGAUGUUAAGAGGAUAAGGGGCGAGAUUGUAUCUCAUUUUGCGUUUCACAGGGUUGCCAGCAUGAUUCAACAGUUUGUUGCCGGUAUGGACUCGUGUGGUCAAUUCUGGCAAAUGGUGAAGAGAUGCUGGAAGCAGUUCCUUCCUGUAUUUACAAAUGCAGGAAAUAAACUUACAAGGAACAGCUUCCAGGAUCUCUUCACCAUUGGAUGGAGUCCAGCUGGAAGUAACAGACGUGAAGAAGAGGAAGCCACCAUCUUUCAGUGGGAAUGGUGGCUUAUGGCCAUUCAGGAGCAAGAGGUGGACAACACGUUUGAAGAGCUGCUGGUCUUCAUAACUGGGGCUGACUUACUUCCACCACUGGGGUUCCCACAGUCCUGCAACAUAGACUUUUACGAUCAGGAGCCGGGAUGCGGCGCAUCCCAUACGCAUCAACGUGCAGCUUAUCCCUGUAUCUUCCAAGAGGUGUUGCAGAUGAAGAUCAAUUUAAAGAUCUUAUGA